AUCAGAACACACAGUGAUCUGGAGAGAGUCUGAGAAUACAGUGUUCAGAUGAUGGAACAGAGACAUCUAAUUUGAAGACCGUGUUAUAUCUUAACAGGUCAAUGGAAGCCCAGCUCAAGAAGAUCCAACACAUGCUUGAAAAACAAUGCCAGCUCAACCAAGACCUCCAGAAACAGAACCAUGACCUGAAGAAACAGCUUGAGGAGAAAGAGGGGGCUUUGCAGGAGCUGCAGACCCGAUUGGAUAACAUUGAUUGUCCAUCACAACAGAACAGUAAUGAAGUGCCUGAGGUUCGACAGAGUCGGGCAGCUGUCAUAGCUUCGGAGCCCAUACCAGUAGAGCUUGAAAUCACUGCCAACAGGGUCACAAAAUCUGCCAGUGAGUCAGCUCAGAUCGUGAAGGCCAUCUGUAAGAAUGAUUUCCUCAGCCGUCUGGAUGAAGAGCAGAUCAGUAUGAUGGUGGAGCUCAUGAAGGUUCUGGAUCAUUUUCCUGGUGAUAACAUCAUCACAGAGGGUACAGAGGGAAACAGCAUGUACAUUGUUGCUGUGGGGGAGCUGAGGGUCACACAGGCUGGGCGUGACCUGCGGAAUUUGACCUCUGGCGAUGUGUUUGGGGAGCUAGCCAUUCUAUACAACUGCAAACGCACAGCAUCUGUAAAAGCCAUCACUUCAGUGAAGUUGUGGUGUAUAGAGAGACAAACAUAUCGAAGCAUCAUGACCAACAAUUCCAAGCAAAAACGAGAACAACUGAUGGGCUUCCUGAAGACAGCUUGUACUCUGAAGGCCCUGAACGAUAUCCAAUUGUCCAAGAUCAUUGACUCCAUGGAAGAGGUGAAGUUUCAGAAAAAAGAGGUAAUUGUCCGAGAAGGAGCAGAAGGCAAUACUUUUUACAUCAUCCUCAAAGGAGAGGUAUUAGUGACCAAAAAUGUUAGUGGACAGCAGAAAAUCAUUCGUAAGAUGGGUGAGGGGGAGCACUUUGGAGAACUGGCACUUAUACGAGAGAUCCGUAGGACAGCAACUUGCACAGCUGUGGGAGCUGUCACAUGCUUCUCCAUUGAUAAAGAGGUCUUUGAAGAGACCAUUCCUAUUGAAAGUCUUGAACUCCAUGACGAUUCAGAUCACCUGGAGGACAUUAAAAAGCCAGAGGAAGUGGGGACAAACACAUCUUUGAUGCUAAAAGAUCUAGUUCCUGUCCUGUAUCAAGAGGGGCGUUAUCAAGGAGAACCCGUCACUCUUGGAGUUGGGGGGUUUGGAAGAGUUGAGCUGGUAACUACCUUACACCACAGAAAGUACUUCGCUAUGAAGAAGGUCAUUAAAAAGCACAUUGUUUCAAAGAGGCAAGAAGGACACAUUCUCCUUGAGAAAAGGAUUCUUCUGGCAAUCCGAUGUGACUUCAUUGUCAGGCUGCAUGCUGCCUUCAAAGAUUCUCGAUACAUCUAUAUGAUAAUGGAGUUUUGCUCCGGUGGAGAAAUUUGGACCAAGUUGAAAGAAGUAGGGCGAUUUGAAGAAAACAUAGCUGUGUUUGUAACAGCGUGUGUGGUUGAAGGCUAUGCAUACCUGCACAAGAAAGGAAUCCUGUAUCGAGACCUAAAACCAGAGAAUCUAAUGAUGGACACCAAAGGAUAUGUGAAACUGGUUGAUUUUGGCUUUGCUAAAGAACUUUCUCGGGGGGGAAAGACAUAUUCCUUUUGUGGCACUCCUGAGUACAUGUCUCCAGAGAUCAUUCAGAAUCAGGGUCAUGACUUUGCUGCAGACUUCUGGUCACUUGGCAUUCUAAUUUAUGAGCUGCUUGUAGGCAGCCCACCCUUCUCCAGUUCAGAACCACAGAAAAUCUACGCUAAGAUUUUGGACGGUGUGGUGAAUUACCCAACAUAUCUGGGAGAAGGUGCCAAAUCUCUCAUCAGUAAACUGUGCAGGUCACGACCUGGACAGCGGUUGGGAAACACGAAAAAUGGAAUCAAAGAUGUUCGACAUCACAGGUGGUUUAACAGCAUUAACUGGCACCAAUUAAGAAUGGGGCAACUGGAAGCACCAACUAUUCGACUCAUAAGAAAGGGUCCCUGCUACAUUAACUUUGACCGCUUUCCUUAUGACAAGACCCAAGCGGAGGAGGAAUUUUCAGGCUGGGAUCGAGAUUUCUGAACAACCAUCAAGUCUCAGGGUUUAUCAAAUUCAUAAUAAUCUAUAACUCUCAUUCUAAAAGCAGCAGCCACUUAAUAUUGUACAAAGUUUUGUCAAGAUUUUAUAUUUUUUCUUGGGUGACACUUUAUAAUAGCUUUCAUUAAUAAAUUAUUAACAAACAUUAUAUAAUGCUUAACAGAUAAUUAGUUAAUGUAUAUUCUACAUAAUGCAUAGGUAGUGAUAAAGCACUUUUUAAUAUUUCCUAAUGAAUUUAACUUACAUUUAAUUAUUUGUUAAGCAUUAAUUAAUGUAAAUUUAAAUACAAAAUGUAUUAAACUUUGCACUUUUUAACAUCUACAAAUAAUUUUUACAAAUCUUAGAUAAUGAUUAACUGAUCACUUGUUAAUGUACUUUUGAAUGCUUACAACUGUCAUUAUAAUUUUUAAAUAUACUUUUUAUACUUUUUUUCUCCACUUCAGACAAUAUUCAUGUUUUCAAAUUAUUCAUUAAUGUCCUGGUAAUUUGUAACCAGUGUCUGUAAAGCCACACAUUUGCUAUUUGUUUGUUGUAGUAUGUAAGCAUGCAUUUACACAUCUUAACUAAAUUGUUUUGUUCUUCAGACUGUGACAAUUGAACACAACUAGGAGUGUAAUUUUUUUUUAAUUAAAAACAAAAUAUAUAACUGUUAGUGCUGCAUAAAAAGUGCCCUUAAAUUGUAAUAGUAAAUACAACACUGAGAGUGCUGCCCAUAUUGUUUGUGUCUUAUGCAAUGAACAAUCAAGAGCUGAUUCAAUGUGCGUCUUUAUUAACCCAUACUCCAUUAACAACUGCCCACGAACCGGGGCCAAUACGUCACACCAGGAUGCAAACCAUAUAUGGCAUUUCACCGUAACAUCUCCCUUUCUUUACAACGUUGCCACACUUCAAUAAGAACCCCCUCCAUUAAUUAACAACCCGAACAUGAGUGGUUACGAGACCAACUUAUGCUGUGCAUUACCAAAACUGAACUGUAUUACUGGUGCGUUAGUCUGUCUACACCACUAAGGGAAAAUCACAAGUCCAGUCUUUGUGGUGGACGUGACUGACGGCCGCUGCGCGUAAUGAUCAGGGUUUUGCGCUGGGCAGGCAUAUUACUCACUGACAGCUUUUGUCCUUGAACUUGCUCUGGCACAUAUUCCGUGUUGUCCCAUGUGACACCAUGUUUGUGUCCUAUGCAAUGAACAAUCAAGAGCUGAUUCAAUGUGCGUCUUUAUUAACCCAUACUCCAUUAACAACUGCCCGCGAACCGGGGCCAAUACGUCACACCAGGAUGCAAACCAUAUAUGGCAUUUCACCGUAACACAUAUUGUCGUUUAAAGUCUUCUCCCACACUGGAAAAAAAUAUAUAUAUAUUACAAUAUUAUGUACUUUCUACAUUGAAUAAGUUAAUUUAAUCGUGAAAUUGAAAAUAAAAAGAAAAUUCUACAUAUAUAAUCAUUUAAACAGGUAAACAUUAAUGCACUAGCUUAUAAGCUAAUAUUAUUUAUGAUUGUUAUCUUUACAAUGUGUCAUCAUGUAUUAAUCCUAAAGUAACCUUGUCAGGUAUAAAGUAACCUUCUAACCUGGUUAGAAACCUUGUCAUAUUUAUUUGCUAAUUUGAAUACAUUUCACAGGUAAAUAGAAUAAGUACUGUACAUUUUACUUAACUUUCCGAAGUUGGUGUUCCCAGCACCGGGCUUGAAUGUGCUUGCAUGGUUUCACUGUUUACAAGUUGAUUUACACUGCUUUUAUUGGUCUCAGGUUUGGUAACUUCAUGUUCCCCUUCUGUCACUCACUCAACAUUGUGUUGAUUGUAGUGACACAAGGGACUUCUUUCGAGAGCCUCGAAUACCUCUGAAUAUGAAAAAGGCCAAUGCCAAAUUGGCAAACAGAAAUUUCAUGUCCCGCCCCCGAACAUACAUGUAUAAAAGGCAGGGAUCGUGCAUCUGGUCAGUCAGACUCUGAUUCUUUCUCCGGAGCCGAGCGGUUGUGUGAUCACACUAUGGUUGAGACACUCACUAUGUUCCACUCACCUCUAAGAGGAUUGCUGUUGGAUCCUAUUGCGCAUUACCAGCGGCUUUCUACCUUCUCUGCAGGCCAGUGCAGUCCACGCCCCUGGGCGCUUCGACAGCAUUUCCUAAAAGAGUUUACACAUUGGCGUUGAACGUCUUUUUAAAGACGCGUCUUUUUCAAGAUGCUUUUCCGCCUUUGUGUAGAUCCUGGAUGCGGUAGAUAUCUCUCCGCUUCUGACGGUCAUAUAUGCUGCCUCACGUGUAUGGGCUGCGAUCACACUUAGGCAGCGUUUAUGAAUGGUCCAUGUUCUCAUUGCGAGAGCAUGACCAUGGCAACGUUGCGGUCAUGGCUUUCCUUCCUUAAAGGAAACGCUACUCCAGCCGCCCCCCUGUAUCGCGCCUUCUUCCCACGGGAUUGAGGCCGACCUGGCUGGCAAUGGAGGCGAUUUGGGGAGUUCGGCGAGCACCGCUCACAACAACCCGGACAGACAAUGGCCACCCUCGUGGUCCAAUAACGACAUCUGUGGCUUGACCUGGUCGAGAUGCGGGAUACUGACAAAGCUCGCUUUCUACAACGCUGCUGAGGACUUCGCCCAACGUUUUUCAGUGGUGAAAAAAUAGACAGAGACCAUUCAACACAUCAUGCCUCUUUGUUGCCAAAAAACACACACCCCCUCUGUUAGCCAAGGGCAUCCCCCUGCAGCUGCGAAAGCUCAGGCAGCUCCGCCCCAACCUGGGCCCAGCUCUCAGUCCCUGCGUAGAGCUCCCCGCGGGAAGCCGAUGCUCGUGUCUCACGAAAAAUUUUGUUGACCCAAAAGGCUCCAAGGCGUUCCUGAGAUGGACGACUCAGGGAGUGAGAUGGCCUCUAUGGAGUUGGCCUCUAGUCCACUCCAUCCCCCAGUGGAGGGCCAGCAGGGAAACCGUUUCCCACACCCGACUGGGCUGUGGUACCCAAAAGAACAGCUUCCUCACUCCUUGACUAGCUGGUGUUCACAAACGCUGUUCUCACGGCACCAAAAUAUUACAGUCAGGCACAAUGCAUGUAAACCUUUCACCUCGACAUCCACAACUGUACCACAUACACGUGGCCGGCCGGUUCUGAUGAGUCCAGAGGAUGCCUCACUAGGACCUCCUCCUCAGUCACUAACCCGCCCCAUGUGGAGCAAGGUAAGUGCUUUGAGUGUUUACUCGACACACAUGCCUCAGGAUGCAACUUUGCCUCCUGACGCAACACUACCUGCUCCCUACCGCUGAUCCGAGGCAAGUACGUCUUUAUCCAUUCAGACAGCACUGCGACGGUAGCGUACAUAAAUCAGCAAGGCGGCGUACACUCUCGUCACAUGUCACAACUCGCUUGCCAUCUCCUCCUUUGGAGUCAGCAACAACUGAUAUUGCUGCACGCAACUCAUGUCCUGGGCAGCCUCAACACUACAGCGGAUGCGACUGGCUUCGCUCAACGGGGAGUGGAGGCUCCAACCCCAGGUGGUUCAUCUGAUCUGGGACCGUUAUGGCAAAGCACAGGUAGACCUACAUUACACGUUAUCCACGGUACGGUCCCCCUGUCAGGCAGUCCCCAUUGCCCCGGUCGCCGUGUUUGUAGAACUACUCCCUCAGUAGGCAGGAUCUACCUCCGCGCCAUUUACAUGGGUGAUGACGGUCCCACCAUGUGAUGCAUUUGCCACAUUUUCACCUCCCUAGACUGGGCAGGAUGUGGUCUCCACGGGGUCUUUUCCCAAUGAAAGAAGAGGACUGGAAAAGAACUCCUUCCCCAAUACAUGUUAUAGCUAGAUGGCCCCAGCCACAUCUAACACUCUAUGAGGAGAAACAUAGAGAGAAAAGGCUGCGGCUGGCGCGACCUGCUCCCAUGCUUGUCACAUCACUUGUUCCCACCCCUCAAGGGAAAACCUUGGUAGGAUGCCGGGAACCUAAGAAAAACAAUAUGACGUGUUAGUGGGGCCUUGGGGAAUAUUACGUGCAGUCUCAUGCCCAUGCUCCUUUGGCAUGCAACAGCUUGCUGCACCAGCAUCAGCAGAUCCCGUAACACGGUUCAGUGUAGGGGGCGCUAUUGAAUAGGGGCACAUUGUGUCACUACAAUCGACACAACGUCGAGUGAGUGACAGAAUGGGAACAUCUAGGUAACUAGUGUAACCCCCAUUCCCUGAUAGAGGGAACGAGACAUUGUGUCCCCCUUGUCACAAAGCCGCUAUAAUGGCUGAACCUUAUUCUCGGCUCCUCAGUGCAGAACCUGACUGAACAGAUGCACGAUCCCCGCCUUUUAAACCAGUAUAACCGGGGGUGGGACAUGCUAAUUCUGUUCGCCAAUUUGGCAUUGGACUUUUUCAGGUAUCCGAGGCUCUCGAAAGAAGCCCCUUGUGUCACUACAAUCGACACAAUGUCUCGUUCCCUCCAUCAGGGAACGGGGGUUACACUAGUAACCUAAACAUUUUGUGAAGUAUUAAGUCCAUUUUCUACUCAAAAUUACACGUUCAUGAUAAAAAUUGUUUUUGUCAUGGACAGUUUGUAACUGUAAAGCUACAGUAUGGAAUUAAAGAAGCAUAAAAGCACCAUUAAUUAGUCCAUAUGACUUGAACAUUAUAUUCAGUGUAUCUUGAAUGGUGGGCCGUGCAUUUACAGUGUAGGCCUUCAGUGUGAUUCAUGCCAUUGAGAAAACACAGUUUCACAAUGAAUGACACCGUAUGCCUUUGGGCAUCAUACAUUAUGUUAACAAAUAAUACCAAUUGCCAUUUUAAAAACACAUCCACGUAUGAAAGCCAUAACUUGAAAUGACACUUAAUGCUCAAGCAAGCCUAAUUUUAACUCUAGCAUGACUAUUUUGGGAAAUGAACUUCUCCUGAACAGACAUUCACAAAUCAUAAUUUUUCAUUUGAAUCUGAGGUCUAUAAUACCUGUUCUAAUAAUGUAAUAAUAUUUGUGAUUUAAAUGUUGCUUGUAAUAAAUUUAGUUUCAUCAGGGUACACGGUUAUGCUGCAUUCCGUUCAAGUUGGAUGAGGGAUAUUCCUACUUGAUAUCGCCGACCAUAAAUGCAUUCCAUUCCACGAUAGGGUAGUCCUAAAAAUGUAUGGCAUCUACGUUAAUAUUAUUCUAUUUGUUUCCCUGUCUCAACCUUGGAAUCCAUAUCCCUGCAUCACCUUGGUCUAAUGAUGGACUACACUCUUAAAAUGGAACGCAUAGACUAUCAAUAUCACUGUAACACAAUUACAAUAAACACUGGCUCUUAACACUUACCUAGUUUUCUCAUUAUUAUCCAUGACUUGCACUGCACAUAAAUAACUAAUAUUGGUAUUCUAUUCAUGCUGUUUAGCCAGAGAGGAACUGGCCCCAACAGUGAGACUGGUUUCUCCCAAGGUUAUUUUUCUGGAUUAACCAACAGUUUAUGGAGUUUUGUGUUCCUUCCCACAGUGUCCUUUGGCUUGCUCAUUGGGGUUCUAAAUACAAUUAUUAUUUAAUUAUUUAUUUUUAUACACAAUUUACAAUCAUAUUUAAUCAAACUACACAAUGAUGACUCUAAAACUUUAUACACUCAGCAAAAAAAGAAAUGUCUCUUUUUCAGGACACUGUAUUUUAAAGAUAAUUUUGUAAAAAUCCAAAUAACUUUACAGAUCUUGUUGUAAAGGGUUUAAACAAUGUUUUCCAUGCUUGUUCAAUGAACCAUAAACAAUUAAUGAACAUGCACCUGUGGAAAGGUCGUUAAGACACCAACAGCUUACAGAUGGUAGGCAAUUAAGGUCACAGUUAUAA